CAUUUCUCGAUUUUUCACAAUUCAAAUUUGCACUCGAGUUUUUCCAGUGUCUUUGCGAUAGUGAUGAGUUCUAAUUCGGCUUCCCAAUCGAAACGGAGUUUGAAAUCGACGUCUUCAAACCCUUCUUCAUCCGAUGCCAAGAGGAAAAAGACCGCUCAGAAAACCCUCGGCAUGGCUUGGGGGGCGAAUUCUCGUUCCGCCUUCCGCAAGUCGCCAUUCACCGAUGUUGGCAGUUACAUGGCUGUGAAGAAUCAGAAAUUACACGAGCAGUUUGCUGCGGCUGCUUCAAGCUCUUCGUGCAGUGGGUCCAGUUCGGGGAAUAUAUUUUCUGGGGUCUCAAUUUUUGUUGAUGGAUAUACUGUUCCCUCAAGUCAGGAGCUCCGAGGAUAUAUGUUGAAGUAUGGAGGUCGCUUUGAAAAUUAUUUUUCAAGGCAUCGGGUCACACACAUAAUUUGCAGCAAUCUCCCUGACAGUAAAAUCAAGAAUUUGAGGGCUUUCAGCGGUGGGCUUCCAAUUGUUAAACCUGCGUGGCUGCUGGAAUCUGUUGCUGCUAAUAAACUUCUUAGUUGGACUCCUUAUCAACUUGAUCAACUUGCUGCUGAAAAUUGUAACCAAGCAAAGUUGUCUGCCUUCUUCUCUCUCCAAUACAACGAAGCACCAAAGAUUGCAAAUAUUUCUGUUGAUGAUUGUGAUAAUCAAUUAUUUAUUAAGAAGGAUGAAGGUUGUGCCUCUUUAGAACAAGCAGAAAGCUGCAACGAAGAAGAGAUUGACCCUGUGCAACUUAAGACUGAUAGCGUGAUGCCUGAAGGGCCAUCAUGUAGUGUAGAAAGUUCAUGUGAAGUAAAAGGUCUUGAACAGAGUGACUGUUCACCUUCAGAUAUGAAAAUUUCUGAUUUAGAGUACAAGUCUAGUCCAUGCAAGGCUUCUGUUUCUCAUUGCAGCAAUAGCCUUGAUAAUUUUAACUCUUGUGAAGCUUCAAGUUCAAGAAACUGUUUGCCCACUAAUCAACUCCACUCAACAAUCUCAGAUCCCAAUUUUGUGGAAAAUUAUUUUAAGAGUUCCAGGCUGCAUUUUAUUGGUACUUGGAGACACCGAUAUCGUAAGAAAUUUCCUAGCUUGUCUAAUGGGAUUACAUCCGGAGUUUCUAAUCUCUACAAUGCGGGUUCCAGUCUGAAAACUGGUGUACCGAAUGAGAAGAAAGUUGUGAUACACAUCGACAUGGACUGCUUCUUUGUUUCAGUAGUCAUCAGGAACCAUCCUGAAUUACAGGGGAAACCUGUUGCAGUCUGUCAUUCAGAUAAUCCCCGUGGCACAGCUGAAAUUUCAUCAGCCAAUUAUCCCGCCCGAGAAUAUGGAGUGAGGGCAGGAAUGUUUGUCAAAGAUGCUAAGAUUAGGUGCCCUCAGCUUGCAAUUGUUCCAUAUGACUUCAAAGCUUAUGAGAUGGUUGCAGAUCAGUUUUAUGACAUUCUUCACAAUCACUGCAACAAAGUGCAGGCUGUGAGCUGUGACGAAGCAUUCUUAGAUGUAUCUGACUCAAAAGUGGGGGACUAUGAGAUUUUAGCCUCGAUAAUCAGAAAGGAGAUUCUUGACACCACAGGAUGCACUGCUAGUGCAGGAAUUGCAGAAAAUAUGCUUAUGGCUCGCCUUGCCACAAGAACUGCAAAACCUGAUGGGCAGUUCCAUAUUCCUCCUGGAAAGGUGGAUGAUUAUUUAUACACACUUCCUGUUAAGGCACUUCCUGGUAUUGGACAUGUUUUGGAAGAAAAACUGAAGAAUAAGCAAAUUAGAACAUGUGGCCAAUUGCGUCCAAUUGCCAAGGAGUCCCUUCAAAAGGAUUUUGGAAUGAAAACUGGAGAGAUGCUGUGGAACUAUAGUAGGGGAAUAGACAGCCGACUGGUUGGAUUGAUUCAGGAAAGCAAGUCUGUUGGUGCAGACGUAAACUGGGGUGUCAGAUUCAAUAAUGCAAACGAUGUUCAGCAUUUUCUAACAAGUCUAUGCAAGGAGGUAGCACUUCGAUUGCAGGGAUGCGGAGUGCAAGGACGAACUUUUACACUCAAGUUAAAGAAGAAGAAAAGUGAUGCAGGAGAGCCAGUAAAGUACAUGGGCCAUGGGGACUGCGAGAAUCUGAGCCAUGCUAUAACGAUACCAAUGGCCACAGAUGAUGUUGGCGUGCUUCAGAGGUUGGCAACUCAGCUUUUUGGGCAUUUCCACAUAGAUGUUGGUGAUAUUCGAGGUGUGGGCUUACAGGUCUCAAAACUUGAAGGAGCCGGUGAUAGCAAACGUGGUAACAAACGAAAUUCCAUUCUUUCCUGGGUUUCCUCUACAUCAGCAAAGGAGCAGAACCAGAACCCAAUAAGCGAUCUUCCAAAAUGUGAUGCUUGGAGGCCAACCGAUGGUGUGUUCCGUCAGCCAGGCUCCAGCAUGAAAGGAUCCUCUAUUGAAACGCAAGCUGGCUUGUCCAGCUCUGAAACUGGCAUUCACAAUUCCACAGGCAUUCCUCCUCUUCAAGAUCUAGACGUGGCUGUUAUAGAGUCUUUACCCCCUGAAGUGGUUUCGGAAAUUAAUGAAAUGUAUGGAGGAAAGUUAUUAGGUUUCAUUUCUGCAUGUAAAAACAAAAUUAUCGAUACAAACAUCCAUGGUGCCUCAACAAAAAGUUGCGAAGGUGUAACAGUUGAGGAUAUGGGAUCUGUCUCAGAGGCACAUCUUUUGGAAUCAAAUAUCGUUACUACUGAUAAGUAAUGCGUGUUUCUAAGGUAAUGGGAUGUGACAAGGAAGAAGUUCCUGAUUUUGCUGCACCUGCUACUUUCUCUCGGAAAGAUAUCAUGCCC